AUGAGUUCCAGGCCCAGCUCUGGCUCAAAGCUUCCAACAGGGCAUAGGAGAUCGGAGUCUAGCGGACAUCACAGACACAGUUCGGGUAGCAGUUUCAAUCAGAACAAGUCAGACUCUGGCCAGAGCAUCAAUUCUGAUUACCACGGACACCAGAAACAUGGACAUCACAGAUCAAAAUCUAGUGUGGUUGAGAGAGAGGUGGAAAAGGAGCAGACAGCUACUCCUCGAUCUUCUCUACGACUCGAUUUCCGCCCUGUCCAACAAGAAGAACCAUCAUUACGCAGCUAGACCGACGUCUCUUUAUCCUCUGAGAUCGAAUGACAGUGGUAUAAUUGGUCAUGAUCCUCUUCAACCAGAGAGGGAGCCACUUAGGUUUGACGUAACCCUCGUUGGGGCACCUCCGGAAGUGGAGCAGCUAGUAAACAACAUCAAGCAGGUAGCUGAACAGUUUCUGUAUCACUGGAAGACAUUUCCUAUAAUUCUUCCAAGUCCGGUAUCACACUGUGAUUUAUUCACCACAUCUCAGGUAUCUUCGGAUGGAUCGUUGGGUCGUAUGAAGUCAAAGUACCAUCUCAGGGAUCUGUUUAUAGCGCCAUCUUUUGACGAGUUGGAUGCUGUCGCCGUUGACGGAAAAGGAGAACCAAGAAGACUGACUGGAAAGCAGCUCGAAUAUAUCAGAGAAAGGGGCGUGUUUGAGGUAGAAUCUCUUAACUUUCCCGGGCAGAACACAAAUGGAAACUGUCGCAGCUAUUACAAAAAGGACUGUUGAACAGCCACGAUUCUUUGUUGAACGAUUUAGCUUUAGCGGUGAGAUUUAUAGUUGUGACAGCUAAAGGAAGGCUCGUGUCCCAUUUCUUUAGUCUUUCCCAGGCGGCGAGAGCUCUGUUGGCGGGAUUUCUACGAAUAGUCGAUGUUUUGAUUGGCAUUCCUAGUCUUCAAGCUCAUAAUUUGGAAUCCAAGCUGAGAGAAGAGAGGAAUAAGUAUCUUGUAGCAGAAUUGGUGUGUAGGCCUGAAAAUGAAGAUUCUUUGGAAGUAUUGUGUUCUUUCAUCCGAAAACAGCUAAGAAGGGCAGCUACCGAGAAGUUCGAGGUCACUAGAGAAUGUUCACAACCUCCCGUUUCAGUCCCCUAUAAAUUUCUAACACCUUCAGGAUCUGAAUUAGAUCUUCGACUAUGGGACAGAUCGCUAAUGAGAAAGCUACUGCCCAUUUUAGUUUCUAUAUUGGAGCGGGAAAACUAGAGGAUGGUUCUUGCAUUUUAGAGAAAGACUGAUCGCUGAAUUGAGGACUCAGAAGAUGCCUGAUGAGGAUAUUGAGAGGGAAGUCAACGAAGCCGUAAUGAAAGAAUACCUUCAAAGAGUCUACAACAGUAUUCUUGCUCAUCCAGAUAUCAUGGCUCUAGGUGAAGAUUUUGGGCAACUUCUGGUUCAGCAAGCACAAAGCGUAGUUCUGAUGCACAGAGCUGUAGAAAACGUCCAACAUCGGUUGUAUAAGUCACAGGAAGAGGUUAAAAUUAGGUUGUGUAGCGCUCAUCCAGUUUUGUCCAGAAUCGGACCGUGGUUGAGGGCCAAACUUCGAGCUGCCGAACAAAAAUUUAGUCAAGAGAAUCAGUGGAGUGCUCACGAAGAGGCUUUGAUGUUGUGCAAUUCACAGAGGUUGUUGCAGACUGUAUAUUUUCUUAAUAGGGAUUUAACUUUUAUGAAAGAAAGGGAACCUGCUUUGCUAAGAGAACUGAGAAAAGACAAAAUACCAACCAGAAGCUUCUUAUGGCCAACGCAGAUAUGGUUACCGAAAAAUUGGAUAAUUAGAAGAAACUUCCAAGGCCAGUCAGAGGUAGUACCGACUGUUUUAAGCAAGCAGGCAACCAGUAUUACCACUCCUCGGUCUGAUCCUAGUCAACCAGUAUUUCUAGUCGAAAAAGAAACCAUCAGGACCACUACAACUCGCUGGCCUAUAUGGAGGAUCUUCAACUACUUCCAUCGCACUUGGUGUUGGACUUGGAACGCCAUGUUCUUCUUCGGUAUAGUUCUUCCGUGGUGUAGUCCAGUAGGUCUAAGGGCUCUGUUCUGUCUUGAACCUUUCAUGGCGGAUUUAGAAUUGUCCCAGGUUAAUGGAACUUUGUUUCCUAGAAAAAGCAGUUUAACUCCGACGCUGAUGUCUAGGCUACUGAGUCUUUGGAGGCAUAUUUCAAAAUCUAGGACACAUUUUGAAACCAAGCCUGAUACGGGGUUCAUAGGGAAAGGGCUUACUAGACAUCUGAAUAGAAUUUGGAAUUAUUUCAUCAAGGGGUUAUUUGGUACAGUCCUCAUAGUAGUCAUCUUUCCAAUAGCGUGUUUUAUAGUGACUUUUGCCAGCCUAUUUGUCGCUCUGACCUGCGUUCUUUGGAUGCCAGCUCUCACACUAGCAGUUCAAGUUACCAAUCUCCUCAUUUACGAUUUAGAUAGUCCGGAACAACAACGGAACCGAUUUUUUGUUAUAUUGGAAGCAGUUUUGUGGAAUAUAUCGUUUCAAGGUUGUUUGCAACCUUUGCUAGCCUUAUUUGUAGCUGUUGUUGUGUGUCCCGUGAUAUCGCUUACGAUUUUAGCAGGCGGUUUCAUCCGCUACUGGUUACGUCUUCUCUGGGACGCCUUGAUCUUCCAUAUGUUAAUCAAAAAACGCGGUCGCAUUCCGGCCAGUGACAGCUUCGUGGUGAAACGAAUAGCAGGCCCCGGCUUAGCUUCCGAUUACUACUUCCAGAUCAGUCCAGAACAAGCCCUAGCUGCCUUCGAAGCCAAAAUGGAAUGGGACGAGCUCGCUGCCUAUCAAUCCGUCAUCGAGAGCACCAUCGUCCAACCCCAGAAAGAUUUCAGUCAUUUCGUCGAGGCUUGUUUCGGAAGCUUUUCUACUCAACUUGCCAAGAACGGGGCGUACAGGAGUUUGGAGAAGGAAGCGCAGGAUUUGAUGGGUAUUUUGCACGAGAAAUUGGAGAAGAGGAGGAGAGACUUGCAGACGGGCCUUAGCGUUACGGUCAAGAGUAAAGUCAAGCUUAGCACGCCAGAUUUGAAGAUUUCCAUUCAACAAGGCGCCCUGAUGCUGGAACGGUUUUAUCCAAAACAAAUUAUUCCGAAACUGGGUUGUACAGAAGAUCAAUUCUGGGACAGUCGAGCGCUGAGUCCCGGCGAUUGGGCAGGCCUGGCCGGACUUCUGUAUUCGGAACUGUUUAGUUUAGACUUCCUAACGCCACUGGAUCAUACCGAUACUAGUUUUAGGCUUGAUUCACACUCGCAGGUCGACCUGAGCAGGUACACCGAUAUGGUCCAAUGUGCCCAAUUAGGAGCAGGCGGUCCUGAUUUGUUAGGGAACGUUUACACGCCCAGAGGAAAUAUCCAAGUUCAUUCUCCGUACCUCGAUGUUUCUGCAUUUAAUCCUAGAUCUAAAUUAACUGCCACUGGAAAGAAAGCAGAGAAGGCAGAAGAUACAUCUGCCACACUGGGUUCUCUCAAAACGAAUUGCAGGGCAACCCUUUGGAUGCCCUGGAAGAAACACAGCCGUCCUUUUUCACCAGACAAGAUGAUGAUUCCGCUUCCCAUUCCGCAUCCAGCUCACAUUGCCGUUACUAUGUACAAUAGAGAUUCCGACGAUCCGAUUCCGUUGGAAUCGGAUCUUUGCCAAAGCAUUUUGAGGGGUAUUGAAGAAAGCCAUGUAUCUCCGGACGAUAGUGGAAUAGGUAGGUUUAAAGGUGGAGCCGACUCCUUCGGUGGUACGACGAGUUCGAGUUCCAACACGCUAGACAGCCAGCCGAUCGAAGAAUCGACCAAUGAAUCGACAGACGGUGUUUACCGAUGGACACUGAGCAACUGGGGAGGUGGCAGGAAACGCCAGAAUUCCGGAAGCGUGCGCGUAGACCUUGCCAGUCCGGAAGACGUCACUUUAGACAGUGAUAGCACCAGAGUGGUAUUUUGUACGUAUGGUACGACGGUAUGA